AUUCGAGAGUUCGCCUUCUAGAUCAUUGCUUAGUUUUUCUGGUUUGUGCUUCGUUUCCCGCGAUUUGAAUCAAGCGGUGGUCUGUCAACCGUAGUCAACGUGUUGUGUUUGUAACGCGGCGUUUUGUGGAAAGUUACUCAUUUCUAAUCGCCCGUUUUUUAAUAUUAACUGUUAGUAAAUAAUAAAGGUUUUAAGCUUUUUACGCGAUGAGUUCAUUCGGUUUCAGUGAGAUACAAAAACAGCUACAACAGGCCACUGAAAAAACGUGCCAAACUGGCGUCUCUUUCAAUGGAAAAUCGCUCAAACUGAACAGCGAAAAUGAUGCUGAAAUUGUGGUCAAAGCUAUCCAGGAAUGUCCGAGCCUGGAAUACCUGGAUUUGGAAGGAAAUACCUUAGGUCCGGAUGCGGCAAAGGCAGUUGCAAAUGCAUUGGAGAAGAAAGGCUCUUCUUUGAAACGAGCCCUCUGGAAAGACAUGUUCACCGGGCGCAUGAAAACGGAGAUACCACUCGCCCUGGAAUACUUGGGAGCAGGACUUUGCGUCGCCGGAACACGUCUCGUCGAACUUGACCUCAGCGACAAUGCUUUUGGUCCCAUCGGAGUUCGGGGCUUAGCUAUUUUGCUGAGUUCCAGUGCAUGCUACACCCUCAGAGAACUGAGGCUAAAUAAUAACGGCCUUGGUAUAACCGGUGGAAAAAUGUUGGCCAAAGCUCUGCUCGACUGCCACGCAAAUAGUUCUAAAGAAAAUCCCGCAGCACCUCUAGCCCUGCGAGUUUUUAUCGCUGGACGUAAUCGAUUGGAAAAUGAAGGAGCCGAAGCAUUGGCUGAGGUUUUCACACUGCUCAAGACACUGGAGGAAAUUUCCAUGCCACAGAACGGGAUCUACCAUAGAGGCGUCAGCGCUCUGGCAAAAGCAUUUUCGGCAAACCCGAUGUUGAAGAUUUUGAACCUAAAUGACAACACAGUUGGACCGAAAGGAGCGCGAGCCUUAGCCAAGGCUUUGCCGAACCUGUCAGAACUGGAGCGUAUUAAUCUAGGAGAUUGCUUACUCAAGACACGUGGAGCAAUCGUUCUAGCUGAAGCCCUGGCGAUAGACGGAGCGCAACCCAAUCUCAUAGAACUGAAUCUAAGCUACAACGAGAUCGGAGCUUCCAGCGCAGACGCGAUAGUCGCAGCCAUUGCGAAUAAACACGAUCUGGAAACUCUGGUGUUGGACGGAAAUACGUUCGGCCAAAAAGGGAGACGCACUUUGACCGAAGGUUGGCAGACCAAUGCCCGCCAGAAAGUGUCGUUUGUAGCAACCCUCGAGGAGGACGAGUCGGAGAGCGAGGAGGAAAGUAAAAGUGGAAGCGAAAGCGAGAAUGACGAUGAAGACGAGAGCAGUGAUCAAGAAGCCAAAACUUCUGAGACCGAGAAAGAGGAGGACGAAAACAAAGAAAAAGAUUCUAAAGAAGUCACUGUUCAGGACUUUUUGAAGAGUCCAUCCGCCGAAAAUCUACUUCGACUACAGGGCGAUAAAAUACAGUUGAUCUUGAAGCACGCCGAGGGUUCGGACAACGGUGAAGAGGAGAGCGAAACAUAUAUAGAGGAAUUGGUCAAAUCUGUAAUGAAGGUAUCAUCUUUAUGUUCGAGUGGCUAUAUGGACGCGAGGAUAGAAGCAGAACGACUCACGGAAGCACUCUACACAGAUCUCUUUGCCUUUGCCACGACGAACGACCAAGUUCCCCGACUGAACAAUGCCUUGCUAAUUAAUUUGGGUUUGAUUAAGAGUGAGAACAAGGCUGCUGGACGCAUCGACUGGAAUCUCGAGGGGUGUUUCAAAGCGCUGGAGUCGAUGAGCCUGAAAGAAUUUUUCCUUCCCCAAACCGUGGACACUUUGAAAGUGUUCAUUGAAAGGCCCGCGAAAUCUGGGCGGCCCUGGGCAGACCCAUUCCAGGAAGCCAAAGCUUCGCUCAAAACAGUUCUCGAUCAAAUACGGUCGACUUAAUCAACCCGACGGUAGAAGCCCAUACCAUAUCCAUGAUGUAAGGUACCGAUGUUAAAUAUUUAUUGACGAUUGUUGAGAAGAUGAAAAACGAAUAAGACUUUUUCAAUCAUAUAUUUUUGUGGAAUCGAACGUCGAUGAAUUUAUACCUUCGAUUCUGUCCAUUGAGAAAUUUUGAUAAUGGUGAGUCCAAAUUUGAUGUGUGCCUAACUUAUCCGUAUUCCGAGUCCAGUAUGUCGGUUUGAAUGUUGUGGUCAAAACCGUUUCUUCUUCGUUUCCGUUUUGGAAUGAAACAGAUUACGGGAUAUUGAUUGAAGAAAUUUUUAUAUUUAAUAAUAAAAAUAUAUAAUACACAGUCGUUCUAGUACUGUAUCGUGAUACAAUAUAAAAUUCCUAACAUCAGUCAUAUCACAA